AAGCUCCCUUCGUAAGAGAAACUUUGGAAGGACAUUCUGCGUUCCUGCUACAUUUGAUCCUACUCCCACCGUGCGAUGGAAGAACUCGAGUUCUUCAUGAUCCUACUCCCAAAUUUCUUGAAGAAACUGAGGCUUCCAGGCAAGUUCACCAAGGUACUCGCCGGCCGUGAGCGUCGGGAAGUGAAGCUGCGGGAGGACGGGCGCCGACGUCGGUUGUGGGACGUGGAAGUAGUUACCGACGCCGAUGGCCACAUGUACCUGGGGCAUGGAUGGGAGCACUUCGCCCACGCUCAUGACAUGCGGCUCGGUCACUUCCUCGUCUUAAGCUACGAUGGCCACGCUGUGCUCACCGUGAAGGUGUUCGACGGGAGCAUGUGCCGCAGGCACUACCAGCACGACAACGAUGCCAGCAGUGGGAGCAGCAGCGACCGUGGCAACACCUUGGGAGCAGAGGGGGAAGGGGAAGCGCCACCGCACACAGGGGCAAAGGAAGACGACGGGGCGCAGAGCAUAUCCCAGAUGAGUAAUCCAUGCGAUUCAGAUGGAAGCCAGAAGGAAAGAUCUUUUUCUUCCGAUCCAGAAGAUCCUGUGGACUCAGCUAAUCUACAGAUGCUUUCAAAUAACUAUGUCUUAUCAGUGCAAUGCUAUCUUACAAAAGAACAGAAGGUGAAAAUAGAUGCGCUCAUAGAGAAAACUCAACCUAAAUUCACAGUGCUAGUUGUACAGAUGAAGAAGUCAAACGUAAAACGGCAUGCUAAUCUGGUAAUACAGAAGGAUUAUGCACUCAAGCACUUUCCAUGUGAAGAUAUAAUUGUCAUACUCCAGCUGCCUGGGAAGAACAAGGAUUGGAAAAGCACAUUCCGCAUCAGGCCAUCCGGCGUGCCUGAUGCAGGUCGGUGCAACCUCUAUUUGGGGAACUUUGCCUGUGACAAUCAUGUUAGAGAGGGUGAUAUCUGCCUCUUCCAACCAAUGACAAAUGUUAAGGAGAGAAGAUUCAUAGUGAAAGUGCAUAUUCUUCACAAAGCGAGCGUUGAUGGCACUACUCAGUCGCCAGCAGGCGAAGGACCAGAUUCAGAUGGAUGCCUGAAGGAAGGCUCAUCCCAUAAUUAUAAAUCAGCAAGUACUCCUGCAGUGUCUUAUACUUCUAAAGAAAUUUCAGAAGAAAAUCCACCUGCAGAUGAGGCUAUGGAGUUGGAUGAUCUUCAGACCCUCUCGAAGGAUUAUGUCUUAUCAGGGAAAUGUGAUCUUACAGUAGCACAGGGGGCAAAAAUAAAUGCACUUAUAGAUAAAAUUCGGCCUGAAAUCCCCGUUCUUGUUGUACAGAUGAAGAAAAGCAGCGCAAACCGGGCUACUCUGAUCAUACAGAAGGAUUAUGCACUCAAAUACUUUCCAUGUGAAGAUACAACUAUCAUACUCCAGCUGCCGAGGAAGAACAAGAAUUGGAAGUGCAAAUUUCAUAUCAGGGCAUCCAGCAUGUGUAAUGCAGGCCGGCGCACCCUUUAUUUAGGAAAAUUUGUGCAUGACACUCAUGUUAGGGAGGGUGAUAUCUGUCUUUUUCAACCAAUGACAAAUGUCAUGCACAGAAGAUUCAUAGUGACAGUCCAUCUACUUCAAAAAGAGAGCAUUGCUCAUUCCCCUGGUGGAAGAACUGACAUUGGGUCAAAUCACGGAAGUACAAGUGCCAAGAUGGGCGGCGUUAAGGAGGAACCACCUGCCGAUGGUGAAGAAUAUGAAGUCUCUGAGGAUUCCGAGGAAGCUUCCGAGAAUCUCUUCAUGUUCGCUGACAGAGUUUGUAUAACACCAGCACAAGAGCUGAAAUUGUUGGAGAAAGUUGAGGAGAUUAAGUUCAAACCGCCCUUUUAUGUUGCUCUCAUGAGCAGGAGCACUGUCUGUCAGCAUGGUCCCAUGCUGCGUUUUGGCUGGCAGUACGCAGCCAGAUAUCUUGUUCCGAAGUUCGCUGCUGCCUGUCAUCGUGGAGAGAAUGGUCCAAUCAGUUUGGUGCUUCAGCGGGAGGGGAAGAGCAGAUCAUGGCCUACCAAGCUGCAAUAUAGGCGUCGCACGCUAGACACGACCAAUCAGAUGACCGUUCUCAAAGGAUGGCCGUCUUUUGCGCUCGACAACCACCUGCGGGAGAGGGACCUCUGCCUCUUCAAGCUGAUGGAUAACGAGGAGCAGCUGACGAUGAUGGUCUACAUCGUCCGCCGCUAGAGUGAAGCAUGUCUUGCAUGCUGCUGCUACGAUGAUCUUGAACUAUGGGAGUGGAAAACUUGUGGCUUAUAUCCAAACGAGGGGCUCGUACGUACAGUAAGAAACUUAUCUGCUUAUCUAUAUCAUUAGACGUUAUCUUAAUGUUUUCUUCUGCCAGAACUUUUUGUUAAUCAAGGAGUAAUUUUGAUUGUACAAGUUUGAACAACUUAUUAUGUGUUGCUUAGGUUGCUUUGACUGAACUUUUUUUAUGCGA